AUGUCUUCAUCAUCAUCCUCGCAAGAACAACAAACCACCAUGGAAUCCGUAACCGAGCAAUUUGAGCAAACCCAUCUCUCUUCAAGCUCUCAACAAACAAAUCCUAUCACUGUUGAACUCACUGAAGAACAAGAAGAAAGAUACAAGCUUAUAAGAAGCGUCGGUGAGGAAUGUAUUCAAGAAGAUGAAUUACGCAAUCUCAUCAAGAAUAAGAAGGAGCAAAUUAUUUGCUAUGACGGAUUUGAACCAUCAGGACGUAUUCAUAUUGCUCAAGGUGUUAUGAAGGCCAUCAACGUGAACAAACUCACCAAGGCUGGAUGUAAAUUUAUCUUUUUAGUUGCCGAUUGGUUUGCUUUGAUGAAUAACAAGAUGGAAGGAGAUUUGGAGAAGAUUCAAACGGUCGGUAAAUACAUGAUUGAAGUUUGGAAGAGUAUUGGUAUGGACCUGAACAAUGUUGAAUUUGUUUGGAGUAGUGAAAUUAUCAACAAGGAUCCAAACACUUAUUGGUUAUUAGUUCUCGAUAUCGCCCGUGAGAACAAUCUGAAACGUAUUGUUCGUUGCUCUCAAAUUAUGGGUCGUGAUGAAGCAAGCGAUUUGAGUGCUGCACAAAUCUUUUAUCCUUGUAUGCAAUGUGCAGACAUCUUUUAUUUGAAGGCCGACAUUUGUCAAUUAGGUAUGGAUCAAAGAAAGGUGAACAUGUUAGCUCGAGAGUAUGCUGAAACAAAGAGAAAGGACAAAAAGACCAAGUCCAAGUUUAGAUUUUCACCAGUUAUUCUCUCUCAUCACAUGUUGCCAGGUUUGGACGGAAGUACAAAGAUGGCCAAGUCAAACCCAGAUGCUGCUAUAUUUAUGGAAGACAGUGAGACUGAGGUUAGAAGAAAGCUCAAGUCUGCAUUCUGUGAGCCAGGAAACAUUGAAAAGAAUCCACCGCUCGAAUAUAUUAAGCACAUUGUUUUGCCAAUGAAGGGACAAUUCAAGGUUGAAAGAAAGGAAGAAAAUGGAGGUAACAAGAUCUACACCGAUUUUGCAGAACUUGAGAAUGACUUUAAGGAAUUGCAUCUUCACCCUGGUGAUCUGAAACCAGCUUUGGCAGAAGCCAUCAAUGAUAUUCUUGCUCCUGUUCGUGCCCACUUCAAGAAUGAUCAAAAUGCCAAGAGUUUGUUGGAAAAGGUUCAAAAGUUUAAGGUGACUAAGUAA